AGUGCUCAGUCAGUCAGUUUUCCAGCUCCACAGGGUGCAAUGUCUGUGAGAAACAGCUGUUUCCGUCGACAAGGAUUCUAACUUAUUAGCUAUGGAGUUUGAAACUAAAAUUUACCCUCAAGUUGGUGGAUAUGGGCGAUACAACAGGAUCAUCACGCUUUUCAGCUGGUUUCCAAACUUUGCGGUAUCGUUGAAUCUUUUCACGGAUGUUUUCUUUACUCUCGUUCCCGAGUCUUACCACUGCAAGCCUGACCAGGCGUUACUACCGCCGUCUGCCCGGCUCUCAAACCUUUCCAGGCAGGCGUAUCUCAACCUCACCGUGCCCUGGCUCAAGGGCUCCGGAUUCAGCCACUGCGAGCUCUACAAGUACCCAGUGAAUGUAAGUAACUACACAGACGAUGUGGAGCGGGACGUGGUGUCGUGCACUGGAGGAUGGGAGUUUUCCAAACCAGCGGGGCUCCAGAACAACUUGGUGACCGAGUGGAACUUGGUGUGUGACGACUACUGGAAGAUUCCUCUCCAGCACAUUUGUUUCAUGACCGGCUGGACCUUGGGUUAUAUACUCCUCGGCACGCUUUGUGACUGGUUGGGUCGUCGGCGUGCUCUUCUGCUGUCAGUGGUUCUCUCUGGGCUUCUGGGAGUCAUGGCUUGUAUUUCUAACAGUCCUUCCGCCUUCCCGUUUCUCCGCCUCUGUCAAGGCUCAACAUUAGCCGGAGUGUUUUUGUCAUCUUACAUUGCACGGCUGGAAUGGUGUGACCCAUCUCACAGGCUGAUGGUGUCCAUGGUCAGUGGCUUCUUUGCAGUGUUUGCAGAGCUUCUAUUGCCAGGGCUUGCUGUGCUAUGCCGUGACUGGCCAGUUCUUCAGGCUGUGGCCACGCUGCCUCUACUGCUGCUUCUCUCCUAUUGGUGCUGUGCUUCAGUGUUUCCAGAAUCUCCUCGUUGGCUCCUGGCCACAUCUCAGAUUCCUCAAGCAAAGGAGUGUCUCCAAUCUUUCUCUGCACGGAAUGGCAUGUGUGUUAGUGAUGAGCUCUACCCUGCUGAAACACUGCUGUCAGAAAUCGAUGAGGUGUUCCCUGAAGAUGUCCAGCCAGAGUAUCAUCAUGUUUUCGAGUUGCGUCACACCAGAGUGAUCUGGAAGAACUGCCUCAUCCUGGGCUUCACUCUCUUCAUAGGCACAGGAAUCCAAUACUGCUUCACGCGUAACCUGCACAUCUACUCCCCGCACUUCUACUUCAGCUAUUUUCUGCGUGUGUUGACUGGAGCUCUGGCGUGUAUUUUCCUCUGUGUAACGGUGGACCGCUUCGGCCGCAGAGGGAUGUUACUGCUGGCCGCCAUCAUCACAGGCCUGUCCUCACUGCUGCUGCUGGCCCUCACACAGUAUCUGCAUGGAGGGCUGGUUCUAGUUCUGUCUGUUGUGGGUCUCCUCUCCUCUCAGGCUUUGGCUAUGCUCAGCAUGUUCUUCGGCAGUGAAGUCAUGCCCACCGUUGUCCGUGGUGGUACACUGGGUCUGAUCAUGUCCGCAGGCUGUGUAGGAAUGGCUGCGUCCUCCCUAAUGGAGCUGCAGAAUAACGGUGGAUAUUUCCUGCAUCAUGUCAUCUUCGCGUCCUUCGCUGUCCUGUCCGUCCUGUGCAUCAUGCUGCUACCCGAGAGCAAACACAAACAUCUGCCUGACUCUCUGAAAGACGGAGAGCGGCAGCGCCGUCCGCCUCUGUUCCUGUCCCGCAUCAGCCGAGACAAUCCUCCAUUACUCCGCACGGAGCCCAACGGUCCUGAGUACAACCGUGAUAACUACUCACGCCUCGUCUCCGCCACCAAGAAGAUGCUCAGUAAAGACACACUCCCAUACAAGAUCUCCAGCUCAACACAAGCUCCUCUACUCUCCAGCAAUGGUGCUGCUCCAGACACACAAGAGGACUCGUCAUAGCAUUUUUUUUUUUGGAUAUGAUCAUCUCACUACAUGGCCAAUUUGGUCACUCCAUCUUUUCCCAGGGAAUAUGUGGUAUUGAUGCUUUAAAACUGGUAGUGACGUGUAUCCUGUAGUCAACGGGAAGCAAAGAUGUUGCUGGGAGACUAUGCUCAGUCUCUAUCUGAUUGCUGAAUGCUUUAGCGUUGUAGCCGCUGACAGUCACCUGAGAGCCAUCGCCUGUCCACUUAGCGGCUGCAUCUCAUGCAACUCAUUAGCCAAGUCUUGUGACCAAAGCAGAAGCAGCAGUUUUUCCCACAUGAAGACUUGAUUUAAGGAACACUCCACUUUUAUUUUUGGAAACUGGCUCAUUUUAUAAGUAUAUUUGAGUUCCAGGUCUGGCGGGAGCACUUUUAGCUUAGCUUAGCAUAAAUAUUUGAAACGGAUUAGCAUCUUGCUCAAGGGUUUUGAUAAUUUAACUAUUUUAAAGCUUGACUAUUCUGUAGUUACAUUGUGUACUAAAACUGAGAGAAAAUGAGCUGAUUGGCUUAUAUGGCUAGGAACUAUACUCUCUUAUUCUUGUGUAAUAAUCAAGGAACCAUACUGAUGCACCGUGGCUGCAGCAGACGCAUUGAUAUUAGUGUCUGAAAGUACUCCUCUACUUGGUAACAGUGCUGUGUAAUAUUAAUACGCCCGCUGCAGCCAUGGUACAGCAGAAAAGUUCCUUGAUUAUUGCGCCAGAGUAUAGUUCUUAGUCAUAUUGACCUAGAAAAUUGCAACUUUUUAUUUUCUGUCAGUCUUAGUACAUGAUGUAACUACAGAAUAGUCAAACUUUAAAUAAGAAAAUCAUCAAA